AGUCCGUAGUGACCUCUCUUAAAAUUUUGUCCAAUUGUAAGGACCGAUUGAUCAGGACUAUAGAAAGCGGGUAAGGUCAAUCAAAUUAGGGCGAGGGGUUUGUUGACAUUUAAGUCAAGUGUGUGAUUUUUUUCCGAAAUGCCGGGGCUGGUGGCAUUUGGUCGACGGUGGGGCAUUGGCAGUGACGACCUUUUCCUUCCAGCUGUCAUUGAACUCUUAGUUAGAUUGAGUUGGUUAAUUCCAAUUGCUGCAGUUUUUGCUUGGCAUCACAGUGUUGUGGAAGAGUGCAAUGGCAAAGAAAUUCUCAAAAUCUUCUACAUUGGUGUAUUGACAAUAAUAUGCUGCCAUGUUGUCCUCGUGCUGGGCACAGGCUACUUGUCAACGAGGGGCACAAUUCUCAAUAUUCGCCCAAGGCGACACAUCACCAAAUUCCUAUAUUUGAGAGUUGCUCUGUUUUUUCCGGAGUUAGUUUGGAACAUAUUGGGGGCAAUAUGGGCAUUUGAUGAAUCUUUAGACUGUGAUACACAUGUUGUGUGGACAGUGAAAGGGGUUGUAAUUUCAAUGUGGGUUUUGCUUCUGGGAGUUUUUAUAGGGCUAUUGAUUGUGUUUGAUCCCCUUGGGAAGAAGCCUGUGACAGUUGACACACCAAGUAACAGUCCCCAAGGACAGGGGGACAUUGAACAGAUAGAGAGUGGAGACAGAGACCAGGUGCUCAGUGGACUAUCUACUGCCACUUCUAGAGUGUGGAGAAACAGAAUGAGAGUGCUCUGCUGUUGUGUAGGCUGUGAUGAAAAUAGCAGGGAAGCAUUCACUGAAAUUGGAAAUUUGUUUUCUGGGUUCUUUCAGAAUAUUGACCUUGUGCCCACUGACAUAGCAGCAGGAUUGGUGCUGCUCCAAAUGCAGCAAGAGCAAGAGGACCUCAGAACCAGCUCUGUGUCUAGCUCCCCAAGGGAGCCAACAGAUGGUGAAAGUGACUCAUCUUCCCAAGAUAGGACAUUCCUUAGUCAGCAUGAUUCUUCGUCUCGGAAAGAACUUGUGUCUCCCAACAGCAUACCAAAAGAUUGGAUGACUAUAGACUUAAUGGCACAUUAUAUAAAGUUUGCUCUUGCCAGUUAUGGAUGGCCCCUUUAUAUGUUUACUCAUCUUUUUACUGGACUCUGCCAUCUUGGGGCAGCUUGGAGCCUUCAGGAUAGGCAAAACAUUAAUCUAAUAACUGAGGAAUGCUGUAUUACAUCACGCAAUCUGUUAUCUGACGAAUCAGGCGUAAUGUGCUGUUCAUGUAUGCUUCCUGGAAGAAACCUGCAUGUGGUGGACGAUAAUUGUUGUCAGUGCCAUACUGCAGCCAUCAAAAAAAUUGCUCAAAUUCCAAGUGAAGACAUUGUAUAUGCCAGUUUUCAUAACAAAGUUUAUGAAAUUCCGUUUUUUGUUGCUCUUGACCAUGAAUACCAAACAGUGGUGGUUGCAGUAAGAGGAACACUCUCUUUUAGGGAUGUGCUAACUGAUCUGACAGCUGAAGAUGAAGAUGUGGAGGUAGCGGGCUGCCAGGAGACAUGUGCACACAGAGGAAUGCUACGAGCUGCCCAGUUUGUACAGAAAAAAUUAGAGGAAAAAAUGAUUUUGCUGAAAGCAUUUGAAAAAGCUCCAAAAUCUACAGGGGGCAAUAUAAUGAGAGUGCUCUGCUGUUGUGUAGGCUGUGAUGAAAAUAGCAGGGAAGCAUUCACUGAAAUUGGAAAUUUGUUUUCUGGGUUCUUUCAGAAUAUUGACCUUGUGCCCACUGACAUAGCAGCAGGAUUGGUGCUGCUCCAAAUGCAGCAAGAGCAAGAGGACCUCAGAACCAGCUCUGUGUCUAGCUCCCCAAGGGAGCCAACAGAUGGUGAAAGUGACUCAUCUUCCCAAGAUAGGACAUUCCUUAGUCAGCGUGAUUCUUCGUCUCGGAAAGAACUUGUGUCUCCCAACAGCAUACCAAAAGAUUGGAUGACUAUAGACUUAAUGGCACAUUAUAUAAAGUUUGCUCUUGCCAGUUAUGGAUGGCCCCUUUAUAUGUUUACUCAUCUUUUUACUGGACUCUGCCGUCUUGGGGCAGCUUGGAGCCUUCAGGAUAGGCAAAACAUUAAUCUAAUAACUGAGGAAUGCUGUAUUACAUCACGCAAUCUGUUAUCUGACGAAUCAGGCGUAAUGUGCUGUUCAUGUAUGCUUCCUGGAAGAAACCUGCAUGUGGUGGACGAUAAUUGUUGUCAGUGCCAUACUGCAGCCAUCAAAAAAAUUGCUCAAAUUCCAAGUGAAGACAUUGUAUAUGCCAGUUUUCAUAACAAAGUUUAUGAAAUUCCAUUUUUUGUUGCUCUUGACCAUGAAUACCAAACAGUGGUGGUUGCAGUAAGAGGAACACUCUCUUUUAGGGAUGUGCUAACCGAUCUGACAGCUGAAGAUGAAGAUGUGGAGGUAGCGGGCUGCCAGGAGACAUGUGCACACAGAGGAAUGCUACGAGCUGCCCAGUUUGUACAGAAAAAAUUAGAGGAAAAAAUGAUUUUGCUGAAAGCAUUUGAAAAAGCUCCAGAUUAUAAACUUGUGCUAACUGGACACAGUCUUGGUGCUGGCACAGCAGCUUUACUUGCCAUGUUGCUGAGACCCAAGUAUCCUGAUUUGAUGUGCUUCUCAUUCUCUCCACCAGGGGGCCUUAUGAGUCUUCCAUUAUCCAAGUACACAGAGGAGUUUAUAUGUUCAGUGGUGUUGGGCAAGGAUGUAGUGCCAAGGUUAGGCAUUAUGACUAUGGAGAAGAUGAAAGUUCAGCUACUCCAAGCAAUCAGGGACUCAAAUAAACCAAAGCACCAUAUAUUUGCCAGAGGAUGUUGGAAUGCAUUCUGUAAGAGAGGUGGACAGGCCAAUGAGGAGUCCGAGAGACGUCUGCUGGACCAAACUAGUUCUGUCGCUACCUACAGCUCCACUGUUGCCAAAGAAAUUGAUUCACAACAUGAAAUUGGAAUUGAGGAGGCGCUCCAGGAAGCCAUCAUGUCUAGUGGGCGCUCCAGGGUCACUAAGAGACAUCUUUACCCACCAGGUCAAGUGAUGCACAUAGUAGAGGCAGAACCAAGCACGGCCUGCUACAGUUUACCCACUUACACAUCUUUUUGGAGCAAUGCCCAGAAUUUCACAGAGGUUUUAGUACACCCAAGAAUGGUCCCAGAUCACAUGCCAGAUGCUGUGAUGAAAGCUUUAGACCAACUGAAAGAGAAGAAAGAACCUAUUUACAUGAAUGGCAGGCACCAUGUUGUUUGUUGAUAAUAAGAGUAUUUGUUGAAAAGAUUUAAGCAGAUAGUUAUGCUUAUGUGCCUUUUAUUUUGAAAAAAAAAUUUUUAAAAAUGUUCAUAAUGAAGAACUGCUGGUCAGAAGAAAGGGGUGAAACAUGUACGGGUUAUUGGAGGCAUGUUUGUAUCUACUUUUGGUCAUAUUUGAUGCUGAUAUUCUGAUAGGUUCAGAUCUGUGCUAGUAAGUACAUGUAGCUUGUUCUCAUCUCAAGUCUUUGAAUUAUUCCCAAAAUAACAGUAAUAAAAACUGAAGUUGUGACUGAGAAUAGCAAGUUUCAGACUGCAGCCGCAGCCCAAACUGUUGACUUCUGUGGGCUUUUAGGUGCUAUAGCUUGGGCAGUGCAGUGCCAUCAGCAAGUAAUGCUGUUGCUGUGAUGAUUCUAGGCAACUUGGCAAUGUGAAUGUUUUGCACAAAUGUGUCAUUAAUAUUCUCUGUGUUAUUGAAUUUUUUAAGUGCUAGCAAAGACAGAAAAGUGAAGAUCGAAUUAGUUUAUGUUAAGUAUUUCUUGUUAUUGUUAUUGUUUUCUAUGUCUUUAUAAAUACUGUAACCUCUAGGAAGAUGUCCCAAAUUUUAAGUCUCAGUUUUCUGCAAGGUGCUUAUUAUUAUCAACUUGAAAUAAAUAUGUUUUAAUACUCUUCAAGCAAGAAAAAGACAGUGAACUGGCUAAAUAAAACCAUGUUACUUGAAGUGAGCUUUAUCAUCUCUAUGGAAAAGAAAGGAGGGAAUUAUGCGGGUCAUAUAUUAUAUAAAUUCUUCUGUUCUUUGUGCCCAAUGUAAGGUAAUGUGAUCUUGGCAAUAAAAACAUAUUUCCAAAAUUGCAAGCAUUUGGUCAGCUACCUAACUAGUUUAC